UUUCAUUGUUAUGGAAGUUAACUUUAAUUAACUUGACAUCCUUUUAAGAUUGAUUUAAGAGAGAUCUGAGGAUGUUCGAGUGUUGACAACAAUAAAUUAGUAAGUGCAAACCAAUUAAAAGACAUUUGAUAUAGAAUUUAAUUAAGUUUAACAAUCCCUUAGGCAAAUGGGAUUUAAAGUAAUAGCUAUGAAAAAGCAUGAUAAACCUAGGUAGGAUGAAGAAAACAAAAUUUUAGAGUAUCUUUAAAAAAUUAAUACUCUAAAUCUUCCUGAGAGAAUGUAUAUUUAUAAAUUUUGUCAAACUAUAAUAAAAUUGUUCAAACCAGAGAUGCAAAUUGUAAGGUUUAAUUAAAAAGAUACAAAGGAUUUACUAUUGAUGUUUAAAUAAUAUUUUAUGGCAGAGAAUAAUAUUGAAAUUUUAUAAUAAAUUCAAUAACUUAUGAUGGAUUAAGAAUUUAAAGUAUUUUAUAUAAUCCUAAUUGCAGAUGACCUCAGCUUUAGUUUUAAUAAAAAUCUUAGUAAACAAAUCUAGAGAAGAUUUUCAUAAUUUAAUUCAAAGUACAUCUGCAAUUGUUAUAUCAAAAAUAAAAGCAAAGCUUACAGAAUAAUAGCAUUAAUAAAGGUAAACAGGUAAUGAAUAACUAAAAUAAACUGAACUAUAAGAUCCAGGAUCAAGUGAAAGCCCUAAGACAAAAUUAUGGAUAUAGAGGAAAGGCAACAAAUAAAGAGAAUAAUCAAGUUCUUUGGUUUAUUAAAAACCUACAAUCAUUCUCAGAUCUGUCUCGAUGGUAGAUAAAUUACUAGUUGCUUAGUCAUAGUAAUAAUCUUAUCAAUAAUAAUUGAUGUAAUAAUAAUAAUAGAUGUACAUAAAUCCUGAAAGGGAAUUAAAAUUACAAUUAAGAGUUUAAUAGAAGAAGCUGAAAAAGAGGCUGCAUUCAAAUUAUAAGGCAAUAAUAGAUUUGGAUUUUGAUAAUUAUUGGGCGAUGCAUAUAAUUUUGAAAAAAAAGUUCUUCAAGCAUUCUGACAAAUAUUGUAAUUAAAAUUUAUAUAUAGUUUUACAAAGAGGUGGAUUUUAUAUUUGGAGUUAAUUAAAAUUGUUUAAUUAAUCUAUUAGAUAGACUAUAAAUAAUUAUCAAUUAAAAAGAGUGGAAAGUAUUUAAGCAGAUAAAUUGACUAAUGAAUAAGUUUAAGAGAUUCAUCGUAUAUAUAAUACUACUUGUUAAUCACCUAGGAAACUUCCAUAAUUACCAAAUAUAUAAUUAAAAUCAUAGAGUCCAUAAAUCAUUAAAUAAAAUAAGCUUGUCUAAAAUAUAUCUUUUUUACCUCAGUUAUAAUUUAGAAAUUAGCAAUUAGUUCAGCAAUAAUAAUAAGCUUAUUCGUAAGUUUCUUAAAAGCCAAUAUCAUUUUAUGAUCCAAAUAAAGAUUUUACAACAUCAGCUUAGAGAUCUAAUAAAUCAUUAAAUCUAUCCUAAGACUAGAUUCGCCAUAGAAAAUCUGAACAUAAUUCUGAAAUAAUUCUCUAUAAAUGA